UUGGCACAACAUCCAGGGGAGGGAGCUGAAGAAGGGAAUGGUUUUGCCUUGCUUGCUCCACUUUAAAUACCUUUGCACAGAGCUCUGGCCACCGUGGUAAGAUUGGAAGGCUUCACCUGCAGUCUUUCUGUGUGAGCAUUGUCUGUUCUUCACCAUGGAUGCACAGCACUGCAAGAUGAAUGGAGACUCCUUCCAGGAAUCCGUGUACAUUGAAGAGCCCUCAAACAAAAAUGGCGUGAUUUCUUUGAUUUUCUCUUUGAAAGAAGAAGUCGGGGCACUGGCUAAAGUUCUGCGCACAUUUGAGGAAAAAGGCAUAAAUCUGACUCACAUUGAAUCCCGACCUUCUCGUCUCAAUAAAGAUGAGUAUGAGUUCUUCAUUAACUUGGAAGGCAAGAAUGUCCCAGCACUGGACAAGAUCAUCAAGUCCUUAAGAAAUGAUAUUGGAGUAACAGUGCAUGAGCUUUCACGAACAAAAAAGAAGGACACUGUGCCAUGGUUCCCAAGAAGUAUCCAGGAGCUGGACAGAUUUGCCAAUCAGAUCCUAAGCUAUGGAGCAGAGCUGGAUGCUGACCAUCCUGGGUUCACAGAUCCUGUGUACCGGGCUCGGAGGAAGGAGUUUGCAGACAUUGCCUACAACUAUAGACAUGGUCAGCCUAUUCCUCGAGUUACCUACACAGAAGAAGAAAAGAAAACCUGGGGCACUGUCUUCAGAGAGCUGAAGAAUCUCUAUCCAACUCAUGCUUGUUAUGAGCAUAACCACGUGUUCCCACUGCUGGAGAAGUACUGUGGCUACCGGGAGGAUAACAUCCCCCAGCUUGAAGAUGUUUCGAAGUUCUUGCAGACCUGCACUGGAUUUCGCCUGCGUCCUGUUGCAGGCUUGCUCUCCUCUCGGGAUUUCUUGGCUGGACUGGCAUUCCGAGUAUUUCACUCUACACAGUAUAUUCGUCAUGCAUCCAAACCUAUGUACACGCCAGAGCCUGAUAUUUGCCAUGAGCUGCUUGGACAUGUGCCUCUUUUUGCUGAUCCCAGUUUUGCUCAGUUUUCCCAGGAAAUUGGACUGGCAUCUCUGGGAGCUCCAGAUGAUUUCAUCGAGAAACUUGCUACGGUUUAUUGGUUUACUGUGGAGUUUGGGCUAUGUAAGGAAGGAGAUUCAGUAAAGGCAUAUGGCGCUGGGCUGCUGUCUUCAUUUGGGGAGCUGCAGUACUGUUUAUCAAAUAAGCCUGAGCUUCGGCCUCUUGUUCUCGAGAACACUUCUGUGCAGGAGUACAAUGUUACUGAGUUCCAGCCUACCUACUUUGUUGCUGAAAGUUUUAACGAUGCAAAAGAAAAGCUAAGGAAAUUUGCUCAAACAAUCCCUCGUCCUUUCUCUGUUCGGUACAAUCCCUACACCCAGAGGAUUGAAGUCUUGGACAAUGCAAAGCAGCUGAAGAACUUAGCUGACACUAUCAACAGUGAGAUGGGGAUCCUCUGCAAUGCCCUCCAGAAGAUCAAAUGAAGAUUUUCUGUAACUCUUGCAAAUCACUGGCUACAUAAAAGUAGUACUCAUAUGCAAAAAUGCCAGUCUUCACCUAGCUUCAGUUUAUUAUCUUCCUAUGUACUGCAUGAAUGCCUAUGUCAUAUACCUUAAUUAUCAAUAGAUUAGCAGAGAAAGAAACUCGUGCCUCUUUUGGCCUUCAGGCCUAAUUCUUUUUUUUUUUUUUUUUUUUUCUUCUCAUUAAAAUAUAAAAGCAAUCUCAGUUUUGGGAAUCUAGGGAAACUCUGUGCAUAUAUUGUACCAAAAGUUAUCAGAAGGGGGAGAUCUCAACCAUGCAGAACUAUGGUCUGUUACAAACAUGGGGUUGCUUUACCACACUUGGCUCAGUGACAAAAUAGUAAUGACCUACACAGAGUAAUCCUUCUUUUUUUCUUUUUUUUUUUUUUUUUUUUUCCCCCAAGUCAUUCACCCCUCAGUACCUCACAUGUGUGCAUGUUUCACAUGAAAUGAUGAACUUUACAUACUUCAAAGGUCUGUAUGCUUCCUGGCCCUGUUAAUCAUGACUUCCCUUGUUGAAACUAUACCUCUUCUUUUACAUAUGAACAAUUGCCUCCUGAAAUAAUACUUCUUGUUCUUCAGAAUUUGAUGUUGCCAUUGAUUAAAAGCACAAAUGCUAGUGGAAAAGACAGCAAGUAUGCUGCAGCUUCAUUGACACAAAUUUAUCACCAUGCAAAAUUAUACUGUAUUUGCACAAGCACUAAUCCCAAAAUGGUUUCUUCAGGCCAAAAACAUGGUAUGCUAUGUUGCUUCACUGGUUUGCAGAGUGGAGCUUGUCAGGAAGGCACUAACACUGCCUGUCUAAAACAUGGAGUCCGUGCCUCAGUACUGUACCCACAAAAAAGCAUUUUCAGAGAAGAGUUUGCUAAAGACACAUCUGUGUGGCUUUUUGUAGUUCGAUGUGAGAUCAUUAAGCCAGUAUUAUUGGCAAGCAAGACAAAAUUUAAAGAUUUUAGUGGUGCAUCAAUGCAUUAUUAGCUCAGACUCAGCUGUAACAGCUCUGUUAUAAUAUUAUGUAACAUCGUGGAUUCAGAGUUUAUUCAAUGUGCUUACAAAAGAGGAUAGUUCUUUCAGUACUCACUGUGGAAGGCUGAAAUAUGAAGGCUACUUUCAGUAGCCUUCAUCCUAUAAGGGAGAGUGCUUUAAUCAGAACUGCUGUAAGGUUUCUCCUAACUUUCUAGAUUCAUAAUCCAGAUGGAUAUGACUCAUCCUCAAUGACAAUGUCUUCUUCCAUCAGGAGGAGAAGUGAUGCUUACACUAUAGAUGAAAAUAUUAGAGCCUUCGAACUCCUAAGUUCUUGUAUCUGUGUCUAUAAUUCCAACCAAAACUAUCACAGAAUCACUGUAAGAACUAGGAGGGACCUCUGGAGAUCAUCUAGUCCAUCUCCUUGCUAAAGCACAUUCCCUACAGUAGGUUUGACAGGAAAGCAACCAGGCAGAUUUUUAAUAUCUCCAGAAAAGGAGACUCCAUAAACUCUCUGGGCAGCUUAUUCCAGUAACUCCCACAGAAAAGAAGUACUUUGCCUUCCUUAUAUGGAACUUCCUAUGUUCCAGUUUGUGCCCGUUGCCCCUUGUUCUGUCACCGAGCACUGUUGAAAAUAUUCUGGCCGCAUUCACUUGAUAUCUACUGAUAAGAUUCCCCCUGUCUUCCCCAGGCUGAACAGUCCCAGGGCUCUCAUCAUUUCCUCAUAAGAGAUGCUCCAGGCCCCUCACCACCUCUGUGAUUCUCCACUGGGCUCUCUCAAGAGGUUCCCUGUCUUUCUUGAACUGGGAAGCCCAGAACUGGGCACAACACUCCCCCCCAUGUUAUGGGGGACACUGUCUAAAGUCUUGCUGAUGUCAAUCCACUUCUCUCUUGUCAUCUACUCACCUGGUCAUGGCAUCACAGAAACCUACUUGAUUUGUCAAGUGUGAUUUCCCCUUGGUCAGUCCAUGUUGACUGGUCCUAAUAACCUUCUUCUAUUUGCUUGGAGAUGUCAUCCAUUACUUUCUGGGGGACAGAGGUGAGCAUGACUGGCCUGUAGUUUCCCCAGUUCAUAUUCUCAUCCUUUUUGAAGACUGGAGUUACACUGACUUUCCACCAUUUCUCAGGCACCUCUCUUCCAUGAUCUUUCACGAUAGAAAGAGGUUUGGCAAUCAAAUUCUGCCAGCUCUGUAAGUUCAGCACUUGCUGAUGCAUCACAUUGGGACCCAUGGAUCUGUGUGUGUCAAAUUUGCCUAAAAGAUCUCAGAUCAGAUCCUUCUCAAUCAAAAGGAAAUCUUCCUCUCCCCAGACUAUCUUUAGGAUCUGGCAUUCCUGAGAGGAAGUCCUAGCAGUAAAGACCGAAUCAAAAAAGAUGUUCAGUAACUACACCUUCUUAGCGUCCUCUAUUUCCAAAGAACCCACCUCAUACAGGAGAGGACCCAGGUUUUCGCUAGCCUUCCUUUCUGAACCUGACAUUCGUAAAGGAACCUUUUCUGUUGCCCUUGACCUCCCCUCUCUGGAUUUUAUUCCAAGUGGGCCUUAGUCUUCCAUGUGUCUUUCUUGCAGGCCCUGAAAGUGUUCCUGUAUUCAUUUUUUUUCCCCCAUAAGCUCCAUGUCUCCUACCAUCUUUGCCUGAUUUCUGGCUCUUAUGGAUGCACUGAUCUUGAGCUAUGGGAGACAUAGGUUAGCUCCGUCUUAGUCUGAGAGCUUUCUAACUCACACGCAUUGUCUUUCAAGAUAGCUCCUAAAUCAUUAGGCUUUUUAGAUUUUCCUUCUUUCCCCUGCUUCCACUUUUUCUGCCUGGAAUGAAGAUUUUCAGGCAGCAAGUGGAAGAGGAGGUAUUUCCAGAUUAAUCCAAAGGAUGAGUCACAGAGAGAGAAGAAUUUUGCUGUUCAGAAGGCUAUUACUGCACUUCAUCCCGUAACUUUCACUCAAGGUAGAGAAAUGCUCUCUUGGACCAGUCUAUAUUGUAAAAUACUUCUCCAUAACUCUCUAAUUGAAAGAGUGAGAUCAACAUUUAUAAACUGCAACUGAAUGGAGCAAAACAAUCCAGAAAAGUAUUUCCAGCUUGAAAAUAUAAUGCUUUAUGAUACUAGGAUGAUUAAAGAGUUAUAUUACAGUCAGAAGACUCAGACAUGGAGGAGACUGUUAAAGUCCUUAAGUCCCGUACCUACUGUUGUGCUACUUUAGUGUGAAAAUCAAUGUACCUUCCAUGUAAACAUCAUCCUCUAGGAAGACAGAAAGUACAACUGUUUCCAUUUUAUUUACAGUAAGCAAUAGCAUUGAUCUAAGGAUAUAAUUGGAAUCUUUUUUGUAGAAUUAUGCAAAAUGGUAUCAUUUUGGUGCACUGAAGUAAGAUUUUUUAGCUCUGUAUCUUUUUUUUUUUCUUUUCUUUUCUUUUUUUUUUUUUUUUCUCAUGACAGUAGCUGUUUAGUUCUUUCAGUCUUGCUUUGCAUGUAUUUUCAGUGUCAAAGUAACGCAUAUUUUAAUCUCUUCAUAAAAUGGAAACCCUAAUGUAAAUGUUUCACAAAAAGGCAAUUUCAUCUGAGGUCUGAAAUCUUUCAGAUUAAUCCUCAGACAGCUUUCAAAACUCCGCUUUUGAUCUCUGUUAUAUAUGACAGCAGUAGUAAAUCUACAAUGAUACUGAGAAUACAGGAGUUGUGGUUAUCUUUUCUGUGCAGGUAGAACAGUUUAAGGACACUGAUGCUGUAAUUGUGAUUCUGUGUCCCUUAAUGCAAGUGCAAAUGGACAGUAACUUCAGUCAAAGCUGUUCACUAAGACUCAGAGAUGAGAAAAAGUUAAAUGCUCAAUAUUUUAAAAGUAGUGAAACUAUACUGAGAAUAGAUUUUCCUUGCAGAAAAAUAACAGCUUCAGUGUGACUUAAAUAGUACAAAGUAAACUGCAUUUGAAAGUGUAUUCUUAAUGAACCACUUUUUAUUUCCAUGCUGAAGAUGAUUAAAAACAUGUACCAAAAUCCUUUUAGUUUUGUUUGGAAACUGUAACUCCUUCACACAUGUUGAUCAGAAUUAAAUGUCCAGGUAAGAAGGAAGGAUCAUUUGAUGUGAGAUCCAAUUAAAAAAAUAUCACACUGA